GCCCCGUGGAGAAGCAUGUGAUGACUCACGCAAGGCACAAGGGUUCCCCCAGGCAGAGUGACAGUAGUGCUGAGUGGUGGGACAACUGCCCUCUUUGGCCACAUGGUGGCGCUAUGGGCGGCGCCUGGCCUGAGCGCUCACUACGAUUCGGCAGGACAAAGAAGAUACAUGAGUUCAUCAAACAAAGCAAAGACCCAGCCAAGAGAAUGAAUGACAAGAGAGGGAGGAGAGAAAAAUCUGAUCAAAACAGAAAACUUGACCGAAGGCGUGACAAGAAACGGGACAGGAAGUUGUAUCCUUUGCGGGGCAGAGCUGGGGUUUCAGACGGGGAAGGGCUCAGUUGCCAUGUCCUCCUUACGCGAUUGGAGGAAAGCAUCCGUGAACAGGAGCGUUCUGAAAUAAAGGAGCGAAAGGAUGCACGCCGACAUUUAUCUCACAAACCCAAACCUAAAAAAAGGAAAGGCAGUGAAAGAAAAGAGGAAAAGUCAUUACCAAAAACCAAAUCAAAGUCAAACAGCCCGCGCCAUGGCGAGUGUGUCCUACAACCUCGCAAGCGAAGACUGGCCUCGCUCAAUGCUGAGGCAGUGAACAGUCUACUGCUUGAUAGAGCUACUGACCUUCAGCCAACAGCCAAACAGGCCAGGAGACAGGAAGAGCCCACGAAUGUAGGGGUAUCCCUGGAUGCAUAUCCAGUCAGAAGUGGUGUCCCUGGAGGUCUGAAGUCUUCACGAGGAAACAUCAGUAAAGCCUCCGCGUCUCACAAACUUGAACUGUGCCAAAGCUCUAAGAAGGUCAAGAAGGCCAAAGCCAACCGAGAAGAGAUCGGGGGGAUGAAUCAGGAGAGUCUGCAUGCCCCCGCCCCCAGAAGACUGGCUGGACUCAAUGCUGCAGCCCUGCUGAAGUUAACCAGCUCCUCUGCUACCAGUAAACAGAGAGUAAAGGCUGCACCCACAGCUACUAUCACAUCAGACUCCAAGACUCCUGCUGCGGCCUCAACCCCAAAACAGCACUCCAGAGUCAAACUCAAACACAAGGGGCGUUCACAGAAGCAGAAGGGGAAAAAGGUCCCUCCCGUGCACAGUAGCUGCACAGCCUGCAAGAAGAAGGCGGACUUUGAGCCCAAAGUGGAGUGGGAGCCCGGCAGCUGCACCCAUCGACUGACCAAACCAGGCUAUCAGUCGCGCAGCAUGCUGGCGUACCCGCUGAAACAAGUGAAGGAAGAGCAACUGGAGACCGAACUGAGCCCGUACUACUGCUGUCCCCCAGAGGGCUCAGUGGAAUACUGCCACCGUUUAGCCUUCUUCCUGGGCCAGCAGCCCUAUGGAGAAUCAGACGAUCAGCCGCUUAACUCAGCCAUGCCCUCUGUGAAGCGCGAGUGCCUCGUAACCUCACCGUCCCUGACGCAUUCCCACCCGCACACAGCUCUGACCCUCAGCCCCCACCCCUGCCUCUGCACCGCCGAACACUGCUUCUCCAGCUACUACGUUCACAUCGCCCACCCGACACACACUGGAACAAUGUCAGCAAGCCUGGCCUCGCGACCUCCUAACUUUGCACCCUCCAGUUUAUGCCCUAAUCGGAUGACUGGCUCCAAGCUGCUGGGUCCACGGAUGUCCCACGCCUCUGGGCUGCCCCACCCCGCCUACUGCAACUCGGUGGCUUCGCCCUGUUAUGGUGACGCCUGCGGGAUCAGCGGCUACACCUACAGAGCCAUGCCUCCUGUGAACAGCAGGGGUUGUUCUUUCAGCACAGGGUGCACUGGAUGCACACACAGCAUCAAAACAGAGGGUUACUCCUCCCCUCAGGGUGACCACAGCCCCUCCCUUCUGGUUCCCCCGUCCCUGCCCAUGUCCAGCUGCCCUCUAUCCAGCGUGCCCACUUCCACCCAGACUAAACCCCACCUGCUGACCCCCCUGUCGGAGCGAGACCAGCCCCAGGCCAGGUUAAAGCUGGCCAGAGAAUGCCCACAGAGCACCAAGCCCUCCAACGGCUCCCUGUCCAUUGGCCGCACACGGCUGCCCCAGAAACAGCCGUCGCCCUUGCCAAGCCUCAGCAGCACCAAACAAAAGAGACUCAGCCGCAGACGUGCCACCAACGGUUGGCGGCCCGUUGGAAUGCCUACAGAGAGGGAGGUCUUCAUUGCGGGAGAGGAUGAGACAGCCCCGCGGCAGUGUUAUGAAGGAGUCGAGAGGGAUGGUGAAGUGAUACAUGUCAGAGACACUGUGCUGCUACGAUCAGGCCCCAGGAAGAAAUCCCUCCCAUAUGUUGCCAAGAUAUCAGCGCUGUGGGAGGAUCCUAAAACAGGAGAGCUGAUGAUGAGUCUUUUCUGGUACUACCGACCUGAGCACACCCAGGGAGGCCGAGAUCCCAGUGCACACUGUGAGAAUGAGAUUUUCGCCUCUCGGCAUCAGGAUGAAAAUAGUGUGGCCUGCAUAGAAGACAGAUGCUACGUUCUCCCACUAGCCCAGUACUGUAGAUUUUGUGCCUUGGUGAAGCGGCGUGCCGAAGGCGCCCCACCUGGCAGCGCCAGCAUGGUGCCCUGCCGCCCCGACUUCGCCCCCCCUUCCCACCGCUGUGUGCCCACAGAUGUCGACCCCGAGCUGGUGUAUCUCUGCCGGCACGUCUACGACUUCCGCUACGGACGCAUCCUGAAGAACCUGCAGUAGAGGGUAGAAGGGGUGUCGCGCCCAUGAAUUAAUCAUAACGUGGCUCCCCCUCCUGCACAGAGGUGUGGGGGGUUGCUGAAGGACUGAACACCCCUGUCUUUUCUGCUGGGGACGCUCACGAUCAGAGGGAAGGGGGAUGACUGGGUGAGGCUGGUUUUGGAGAGGGACAGAUGAAGCAAAAAGUGUUUGUGACACAUUAUGAAGCACAGAUCCCUUUAGAUGACUACAGAGGAGUUAAAAUGUGAUAGAUAAAUCCAUCUCAGUCAGAGCACCAAUAUUUCCUGGUUUAGGAAGAGUGAGGAAGGGAGAAUUCAUUCACAGGUUGGGAGUUUUCAGCUUCCACUUGGUUACAUGGAGGCUUGCGUGCCUGCCAGGAAUUCUGAACACCAGACUGAACUGGGCUACUGUCAGGACCAUGUUUCCCCCAAAGCAUCUCAGCACAACAAUCAUGUUUGUUCCAUUUGUAAGCCAGUGGCUCAGGAAUGGUCCGGCGCUAAGGUGCUUCCGGGGGAACACAAGCCUGCACUGUCAGCUCAAUGUUAACGGCGUUCAACCAGCCAGGGUGAAGGAGCAGCUAAUGGAGAGUGUCGUCUUAUGUCUCCUGAUUUGAGUUCGUCUCACAUGUGUGUGCGUGCGAAAGAGAGAGUGGGAGAGUGGGUGUUGUCAGUGUGGAUAAAUGGAUAAAUGUGGGUAUGUGUGAUGGUUUUUUAGAAGGCUUUCAGGCAAUCAAACCAAACAAGCAGCUUUAGAGGAAGCAGAGCUCUCUACCCCCCGUCCUCUCUCCUGUGUGCCACAGCGCACUGACACUGACAGAUUUUCAUCUCGCGUGAUGCUCGGCACAAACUAAAAUACUGUACCUGUAGGGGGUUUGCGAGACAGAUCUUUCUUUACCAAACUAGAAUCUAGAGCAGGGCUUCUUAAACUGCGGAUCAGGUCACUAAAACUGAUUUUAUUUAGGGAAAACACACGCAUGACAAAAGCCCCAGUGGAUUUUCUAACUAACAUCUCAGCCACAGUCCUGACUUGAAGGAGCCUUGCUCUGGAGAGGCUCGUCUAAGAGUUGAAACACUCCUGAGCCCUGUGAAGGUUUAUCAAGAUGAGGGCCAUCGUUUUUUGGUUGUUUUUCUUUAUAUUUUUUCACCUUUGAUGUUCCCUUUGACUUGCCUUAUGACUUGCAGGUAGAGCUCUAGGCAGCUAGUCUCACCACAUACAACUAGGAAGUGGUUGAGCGGGUGUAAUGUAGUCCCAAGAAAAAAAAGGAUUGUGUUGCCGACUGACUGACAGCUAUGACAUGAUCACUGGACAAAAAGCGCUGGUUUAGGGCUGCAACCAAUGAUUUAUUUUCAUUAUUGAUGAAUCGUUUAUUCAGUAAAAUCUCACAAAAUAGACCAACCAAAACCCAGAGAAAAACAAAUUUUUUCAUUUUAUGCUAAAAAUUAAAAAUGACCAAAAUAAUGGUUUCAUAUCAGUUUUCAGUUUUCGGCUCCACCCUGGCUAGUGCACUUUUCAUGUCGUGAAUCUGCUGUGCUCUAGCUGCUCGCGUUGCGUCCGGAAAAGUCGCAAUGUCUCAGAAAUGUCUGUUCCACCGUUCUCAUUCUACAUCCACCCCCCCCUCCGAAGACAAACCAAAGGAUGUCACAUAAGCCAGAGUCCCUGUCUCCUCCCUCGUACUUCUUCUCCUUGUCAGCACUUCUGCCCCCUUCCCUUAUUAUAUUGCACUAAUUCAUUCCUUAAUUACAACAAACAUGUUAUGUUUUGGUUUUUGUUCUAGCUACUAAUAUCUUAACGGGGGGAACAUACUGUGUAUCAUUUAUAUGUGUGUGUGGUGUGUGUGUGUGUGUGUGUGUGUUUCGUAGAGAAGGAAACAGUAAGGAUGUCAUGGCUGCUUUUGUCAGUGCAAACUGUAUAUUUCUUUUCUCUUGCCAGUAGAGGAAUUGGCCAGCGUGUUCGUCAUGUUACCUGAUGCACAACCUGUUGAAUCCCAUGGAAUAUAUACAGUAUAUAUAUAUUACUAGAGUCAUUCCAUUUGAUUUUUCAAUCAGCUCUGACAUACUUAUAUAAAUAUACAGUAUAUAAAUGUAUGUAUCCACACUGUUAAUGUGAUUAGAUUUCAAAAAGGCACCUGGCUUGGAGGCCUGACGCGCUGUGUGGACAAACGUAGCACCAUGCUAGACGUGUAUGUG